AUGUUAUUGAUUAUUUUCUGUUCAGCCGCUCGAGAACGAGAGAAAGCGCAAAAACUGUUGGCCCAAAAGCAGCUCAAUGAUACCAAAUCGACCAAUUCGUCGCGCGCGGCCUCCCCGAUGGGGAGCCUUGCCAAAGGACCCAAGAAAACGAGCACUACGAGCCCUAAACCAACAACAACUCCAGCGAAAUCGGCUACGCCCGGCCGAAAUGUCGACCAAAGGGAACUUGACUUGUCGGCUCUUAACUUGGUCAACGACGAACCGCUGGGAGAUGAAGAGAUUCCCAAAGCGUCCUUUGCGCGCGAUAAACUACUCCAAGAAGUUCGAACGUCAUUAGAAAUCCAAGAAAAGGGCAAGAAGGCCCUCAGCAUCGUUGUGAUCGGUCACGUGGAUGCUGGCAAAUCUACCUUGAUGGGUCGACUGCUGUAUGAGACGGGAAAGAUGGAUGAACGCACCAAGAUAGCCAACGAACGAAACAGCAACAAAAUAGGAAAGAGUAGCUUUAGUUGGGCUUGGGGUCUUGAUGGCACGACAGAGGAACGCGAGAGGGGUAUUACGAUGGAUAUUGCCCAGCAAUCUUUUGCAACUCCACACCGACAAAUCACUGUCCUUGACGCGCCAGGUCACAAAGAAUUCAUUCCGAAUAUGAUUUCCGGUGCCGCUCAGGCUGACUGCGCGGUCCUCGUUGUCGAUGCCUCAACUGGAGAAUUUGAAUCUGGCUUCGAGCGUGGUGGCCAAACACGAGAACACUUGAUCCUUGCAAGGAGUUUGGGUGUCGCACAGGUUGUUGUGGCCAUCAACAAACUAGACCAGGUGCAGUGGGAGAAAGACCGGUAUGAGGAGAUUUGCGCGCUGCUUCGCCCUUUCCUCGCCCAAUCCGGAUUCCAUCACUCCAAAACGAAAUUCGUGCCAGUUGGUGCGAUGCGAGGAGUCAAUCUAGUUAAUCGUGAAGGAGAGGAUGCAAAACAACUUGCAUUAUGGUACGAGGGACCGACAUUGGUGGAUCUUCUUGACGAGCUGGAGGCACCUACCCGUGACAUAACUUCACCGAUGAGGAUACCAAUUGCAAACAUCUUCAAAGGGCAAGGUUCCGGGACUUCAGUCUCUGGUCGACUUCUUAGUGGAGUUGUCCAAGUCGGUGAACGAGUCCGCAUACUACCGGGUGACGAAACUGGGGUAAUCAAGACCAUUGAAAUUGAAGAGGAAAAUGUCUCUUGGGCUGCAGCUGGAUCGAAUCUGACUCUAUCGUUGGUAUCAGUCGAUCCCAUUCAGCUGACGAUUGGGAGCAUCCUUUGCCCUCCCUCCGACCCCGUUCCGCUCUCUUCCUCUUUCACUGCACGCAUCAUCAUCUUCGAUAUCCAGGUCCCGAUUAUUGCCGGCGCUGUGGUGGAACUCUUCCAUCAUUCACGCGAUGUACCUGCCACCAUCUCCAAGCUCGUCUCAACACUGGAUAGGACGACGGGAAAAGUGGUCAAGACGAAUCCUAGAGUUCUCUCGAAAGCAUCUUCAGCGGAAGUGCAGAUCACAUUGCGUCCACUCAAUGUCGGUACGCCGGCCCGGCCAAUCGCGGUAGAGCCCUAUGCUAUCAACAAGGCAAUGGGACGAAUUUUGAUCAGGAGAGAAGGAGAAACAAUCGCUGCAGGCGUUGUAAUGAGUAUAGUGAGUUGA